AUGCAGGUGACUGAUGGCAUCCAUCCCACCUUUCACCCAAGACUUCAUCUUCCUUUCAUAACAAUAACAAUGGGUUUGUUCGAUCAUUUCUCUAGCCAACACGAAGAAGUCGUCAACACCGAAGGUGGCCAUGAAGGCAAGCUCUCUCACGAAUUGAUCGCUGCUGCUGCUUCCUACGAAGCCGCCAAGGCAUACAACAAGCACUGUGAAGAAAAUGGUGAGGAACCUAACCAUGCAAAAGCCAAGGAGUUCAUGGCUGCUAUCGCUGGCGGUUUCAUUGACAAGAUGAUCGAGACCAAGGGCUUGGAUUACCUUGACUCCGUCAAGGCCAAGAAGCACGCUGAGGACAGCAUCAACGAAGGAUGUGACCAGCAUUACUCUCAAUAA